CUCAGGAGGGUGCAAGGAAGCGUCUUCGCUGAGCUGGGGUAGGACAGGGAAGGUAGAGAAAAGCUGCUGAAGAAGGAGGUACAUCUGCUGGGUUCAGGCUUCCAGAGGGGCUGUCCUGCAUGCCGGGAGCGGCUCUAAGCACCCUCGGACCUCUUACCCUGAGGCUCAAGCCAAGGCUUGAGGGCGCUUGCUGAGUUGGUGGCACAGCUCCGGAACUGGUGUCCCCGGGACUCCCUGCCUAACUUCACUCCAUCCACCACCAUGGAAGACGAUGGUUACAGCGACUAUGACAACCAGUCUGAAUGUGACUACGCAGACUGGACACCCUCGGGCGCCCUCAUCCCUGCCAUCUACAUGCUGGUCUUCCUUCUGGGCACCACAGGCAACGGCCUGGUGCUCUGGACCGUGUUCCGGAGCAGCCGGGAAAAGAGGCGCUCAGCUGAUAUCUUCAUUGCCAGCCUGGCCGUGGCCGACCUGACUUUUGUGGUGACUUUGCCACUGUGGGCCACUUAUACCUACCGGGAAUUUGACUGGCCCUUUGGAACCUUCUCUUGCAAGCUCAGCAGCUACCUCAUCUUUGUCAACAUGUAUGCCAGUGUCUUUUGCCUCACCGGCCUCAGCUUUGACCGAUACCUGGCCAUCGUCAGGCCAGUGGCCAAUGCUCGGCUUAGGCUGCGGGUCAGCGGGGCCGUGGCUACGGCAGUCCUUUGGGUGCUGGCUGCCCUUCUGGCUGUGCCUGUCAUGGUGUUCCGUUCAACCGGCAACAUGGAAAACAGUACCAAGGUCCAGUGUUACAUGGACUACUCCAUGGUGGCCACCUCAGACUCUGAGUGGGCCUGGGAGGUGGGCCUUGGGGUGUCAUCCACCGCUGCAGGCUUCGUGGUGCCCUUCACCAUCAUGCUCACGUGCUACUUCUUCAUUGCCCAAACCAUCGCCGGCCAUUUCCGAAAGGAGCGCAUCGAGGGCCUGCGGAAGAGGCGCCGGCUGCUGAGCAUAAUCGUGGUGCUGGUGGUGAGCUUCGCCCUGUGCUGGAUGCCCUACCACCUGGUGAAGACUCUCUACAUGCUGGGCAAUUUGCUGCACUGGCCCUGCGACUUUGACAGCUUCCUCAUGAACGUCUUUCCCUAUUGCACCUGCAUCAGUUAUGUCAACAGCUGCCUCAACCCCUUCCUCUACGCCUUCUUUGACCCUCGGUUUCGUCAGGCUUGCACCUCCAUGCUCUGCUGCGAUGAGAGUGGGUGCAAAGGCCCCCCUCACAGCAGCAGCGGGGAGAAGUCUGCCAGUUAUUCUUCUGGGCACAGCCAGGGUCCUGGCCCCAACGCGGGGAAGGGAGGAGAGCAGGUGCAUGAGAAAUCUAUUCCCUAUAGUCAAGAGACCCUUGUGGACUAGAGCUGGGACCAGAGAGAAGCCUGGUGUCCUGGGUGUGACCCAGACUUUGUCCUCAUGCGCAGAGAAUCAGGUAGCACGGCUGUACCUUCUUCCUGACUCCCCGCUCCCUUCCCUGCUCGCAGGCCUCUACCUUGCCCCCUCUUCUCAGAGGCUUGCCGUUUAGUGGAAAGAUGGACCCUUGCAAACAAACUUGUGCUCAGCUCUUCAGUAUUUCUGAGGCUUACCUUGCACAUGUCUCUUAACCUUUCUAAGCCUCAGUUUCUGUUUGUAUUAAAUGGGGGAAGGUUAUACAGACCCUAAAAUGUAGACGUGUGAGUCUUGACUUAAUUUCUUUCUGCUGCUUUUUUUUUCAGCUCUUCAGGCCCCCUUUCCCUGUCUUUUUCUUCUUUUUUUUUCUCUGCUGCAGGAAUUUGUGCUAUUAAUUGCUCACUUUCUAGCCCUCACUUUCUCUCUUCUAGUGGGUUCCCCCUCCCUCAAACCUCCCUUCAGCUUCUUUCCUAUAUCCCCAUGCCUUCUUUCCUGCUGGGCUCCUAAGGGUUAAGAGCCCUGAAGCGCUAGGGUUAACUAACACUUUGAGUUCUUAUGCUGUUUCCUGAGAGCCAGCAGGUGGGGCUGGGCUGUGAGCAGGCAAAAGCUCUAGACUGCAGAGCCAGGAGCUCUGGGUUUUUCCAAAAGUUGGAUCCAUUCACUGUUGGUCCAGUCACCAGGGUUCGGCUGUUGUGAACAGAGGGUUCCCCUUGGCAGAAUCCUUGUGAUGCUUAGCAGAUAAUGCACCUUACCAACAGCCCGACAGCCUUGCCUUCUUCUUUCAGUUGUCUGUGAGAAUUGCAGGGCAAUGGGACUGAAGCAGCCGUGGACUAUCCCAUCAGUAUGAAGGGGGGGGCUGGGAAGGGAAAGCAGAGAGAAAGGGGUGAGAGGGGAAUCUGUAUUUAGUCUGUAUGCUGCUUUGCUCCCCUCCCCCAAUCCUCCCCCCCCCACCAACGGAACUGUGAACUGUAGAGGAGAUCUUUCUCAUGUCUCCCAUCUCACCCCACAAUCUCCACAUUUGUUUGUGCUACUUGGCACUGAGAGUCACUUGGUUGGGUAAGGUGGUUUGCUUUUUGUCUAUAUGGGUAUAUAUAAAUGUACACACACACAUACACACAGACAAGUAUCAAAGACUUUGAGGAUGAAGAACCCCAUCCACUUUCCCUUGCACCUCUGUGGGUCUCCCCACCCACUUGGGGAAGACUGGACAUGUGGGGGAAUGUAGAUGAGUCCACCCCCACUGGAUUUGGGGAACUCCGACGGCUGGUCCGUCUAUGUUGGUGCUAGGCUUUCUGUAGGGCUGUUUCCUCAGUAGCAUCUGAUCCUAAGGCUGGAGAAGUGCAGAGCUGGGCCCCAGUGCCUCUCCAAGUUCCAUGGUGAGGAGAACAGACUUAUAGAUUAUAACACAGCCCUUCUUCUGUGCCCCAUAUCUAGUUUGGAGUUAUUCCUCACUACUCUCACUUUUUCCCUAAGAAGGCUACUUUCUUGCCACAGGAUGAAAACUACAGGAUGAGCUUUUGUUCUUCUCUCCAUCAGGACUGUGCCUUUUAGCUUUUCUUGCAGCUUAAGGGGAAUAAGGUUGGAAAAAAGUGACUGGAGCAGUUUUGAGGGUCUCAAGGACAAAAUUAAUAGUGGGGCCCUUGUGAACUGGAAAUGGGUGGGAAUAUUCCAGGCUUUAUUCUUGGAGGGCUCUGGAAACUAAGGACAAGACAUAUGCCACAGAAACAGGAAGAUGUGUUUCUUGAUGUGGUUGGACCAUCUCUGGCACAGACCCUGUUCUUGAAGCAGAAAGGGGGACUGUGGGAAGGGGAGGGUGGAAACAGCUCCUCUCAGCUGAGUCUCUGCAUGUCUCAGGCCAGAAAUUUUCACACAGCUACUUUCUUUGGCCAGGGCAACCUCAAAGCAGCCAGUACAGGCUGCUGGAGGCUUCUGAGAGUCGGGAAAUCAACCAUGGCGUGGGACAGAGAGCAUGGAGGUUGCCUCUUCUCCCCCCCCCCACCCUUGCUUAAGAAUGUGUUCUUUUCUGAUCUUGU